UGAAACUUUUAGUCAACGAAUGAAAGACGAGACGAAAAUCUAUGAUGACGCUCUUCUACAUGGCGCUCUAUGGUGCGGUGCGACUAUUGUGUUGUUGUGAGAUGCGAACGUAGUAGAAGACAAGGGGCGUGGCGUGCCGUGAACGUGCGGGACGACGUGAGAGAAGACAGACCCUGAAUAGUAUAAAGGGGCAGGUAUGCGCUGUGUGCUAAACAUAGCUCACUGAAUAUAUCGACGGCAUAAGAAGAAGGACUAUAGGAAAAAGUUAACUGCUGGGCGAAAAAGAAGAAAAGAUGUCUGGAGUCAUUUUUCUUAUGAUAACAUUGCUACCAAAACUACAUGCCGAGAGUGUGGACUGUCGUUCCGAGGAAUGAACACAACGAAUCUGAAGAGGCAUCUACAGAAUGGCCACUUCGCCAUUUUCUCCGAGUUGCAGAAAACCAUUGCUGAUGGUGGCCAACCAGCUACCAAAAAGGCAAAAAUGUCCAACCAGAACAUUGAGGAUGCAUUUACAAGUACUACAAAGUACAAGAGUGAUGCCAAAGAACAACAAAUUAAAGAAGAGGCUAUCGCUACAUGGAUUGGAUGUACAGGAAUGCCGGUCACAACAGUAGAAGAUGAGGAUUUUAUUCUGAUGAUGGAAAGUUUGGAUAAGAAGUUUACUGUGCCAAAGAAAACCAAGAUAAGUAAUCUAAUUGAAAAACACUAUGAAAACAAGAAAGCUACAUUUAAGAAAAGACUGUCUAGUGCCAGAAAAGUAUGUAUUGGGACUGAUCUGUGGACUAAAAAGGGACUGACAGCAUCAUUCCUUGGCAUAAGUUGCUGCUUUUUCUGUGUUGAACAACAAAAACCAGAACGCUUACUGCUAGCUCUUGAACAACUUGACCAUCCACACACUGCCCAGUCCAUUAAGGCUUGUGUGGAAAAGUGCAUGCAAAAAUGGGGGAUCCUAAAUGAGAAAGUUCUCACCGUAAUAACAGACAAUGGUAGCAAUAUGGUGGCAGCAUUCAAACAUAGUGCUCCAGAAGAUGAAGAUUCCAGCUCCGAUGAUCCAGAUGCAUCCAUCCUGAGUGAAAGUGAUUCCAAGGAGACAGAAAACCUGCAGUGUCAGGACAUGGGCAUGGACAGGAUGCCAUGUGUCGUCCAUAGGCUGCAGCUUGUUGUCCACAUGAUAAACAAGGAGGAAAGCAUCAACAGAGUCUUGAACAAAGUCCGAUCAAUCGUGAAACUUUUUCGCAAGUCAUCAGUCGCAACACAGAAGAUUUUGGAUGGGUGUGGCCUAACUGUUGUGAAUGACUGCCCCACACGCUGGUCAAGUACUUAUGAAAUGGUUGCACGUCUCCUCAAAGUUAAAGAAUCUGUUUGUGAAGCAGCAAAUGAGAUGGGAUGGGACUGCUUGCUCUCAAGUGAGUGGCAGAAGCUGAAGUCAAUGCAAGAACUUUUGCAGCCUUUUGCUGAGCACACACAAAAUCUUCAGAGUGACACAAUGUCUAUGUCAUUAAUACUCCCUGCUCUCUUUGAUUUACUCAGCCAUCUGGCAGAUGUGGAACAAAACACAAGUCGAGAUGUUGCUGCUCUAGCACAUAAAAUGAAAGGGAAUGUGAACCAGCGUUUUGCCUGGGCACUUGAUCCCUCAGAUGACAAGUUUUCCCCACUUCUAGCAGCUGCUUGCUUUCUCAAUCCUACUGUGUGUCAGACCCUCCUCAAUGUGGCUGAUGAUAACAUUCCAGUGUGA